AUGUCGUCCUCUGGAGUAUGUCCCGCAGACAGCCAGGCGUCGCCGUUUGGGCGGCGGGUCUUGGUCGUUGAUACCGGAUCGUAUACGGUAAAAGCAGGGUUCGGCGGCGAUGUGAGGCCCUCGUCCGAGUUUGCAUCCAUUGUGGGAUAUCCGAGACACGUCCCAGUGUGCACGCUCGGGAUGAACUGGAAGAGCAACUUCACCGGCCCCGAGAUCACCGACUCCAACCGCUUCAUGCUCAACGUUGUCUCGCCGCUCCAAGACAUAACAGUCACGAACUGGGACAGCCUCGAAACGCUCUGGGCAUAUACCUUCGGCCGCGAGUUGAAUGCCAACGCGGAGGACCACGCCGUCGCCAUGACGGAGCCGGCUGGCUGGGGGCCUAGGGACAGAGAAAAGUUCGCCAUGAUCAUGUUCGAGACCUUUGACGUGCCAGCCCUCUUCUCCUCCACCACGGCCCCGCUGGCUUUGUACGCGUCGGGACGCACGACGGGGCUGGUUGUCGACUCGGGCCACGGUGCCACCAGCGUGAUGCCCGUGUACGCGGGCUUCCCAUUGCCGCACGCCGUGCGCCCGUUCGCAUUCGCCGGGCGCGAUGUCACCUCGCACCUGCGGUCGAUGAUGCUCGGUUCCAGUGCCGGUUCACCACGCCCACCCGCUGCUGGAGGGGUAGGGACUGCCCGGGCUAGAAUUACAGGGACGGAGAGAUGGGAAGACGACCUCGCCGUCAUCCGCGACAUCAAGCACGCGCGCUGCGGCGUGUCUCUCGGGGUUUCCGCCGAUUCCGUCGCCAGCGGUAGUGACCCGGAAAAGUCGGAACUGGGAGAGAGGUUAUACACCCUGCCCGACGGCCAGACAAUUACCGUUGGUGAGACCCUGGCGUCACGCGCCCCUGAGCCAAUGUUUACCCCCAUACACGGGUUGCAGUCUGCAGUCCUUGAGGCCGUCGCCAGGGUGGAUCAUCAGCUGAGAGGCGAGUUGCUGGGAAAUAUUGUGCUAGCCGGAGGCAACACCCUGCUUCCGGGGUUUAGCGACCGGCUGCGUAAGGAGCUGGAUGCUGCCGUCCCACGGGACGCACAGGUCAAUGUCGUCGCACCGCACGACGCGCAAUACUCUGCCUGGCGCGGCGCGUCGAUGCUCGCCGGUCUCGGCACGUUCCGGCACAUGGCCAUUCCCAAGGAGACGUACGACGAGUAUGGCCCUAUGGUGCUACGGUGGAUGUGCUUGGGUUUGGGAGUUUGA